UGGUAGGCUGAGGCCGCGGGACCCGCCCGGGCACCCUGCGGCCCGCGCGCUCCGCAGGCUCCAUGGCUGCGGCGGCGCCGACGGCCAGCGCGCAGGGCUGUGUGACCUUUGAGGAUGUGACCAUUUACUUCACCCAGGAGGAGUGGGGGCUCCUUGAUGAGGCUCAGAGACUCCUGUACUGCAACGUGAUGCUGGAGAACUUUGCCCUGAUAGCCUCGCUGGGACUUACAUCUUUUAGGUCCCACGUACUUGCCCAGCUGGAGAUGGGAAAAGAGCCCUGGGUGCCUGACAGCGUGGAUAUGACUUCAGCCAUGGCAAGAGGGGCUUAUGGUGGGCCUGGCUCCGAUUUUUGUCGUGGAACAGAAGGUAAGGAGUUACCUUCCCAGCACAGUGUUUCCAUAGAAGGAGUGUCACAGGACAGGAAUCUGGAGGCAGCUCUAUCCCGCCAGAAGACCUAUUCCUGCGGCAUGUGUGGUCUACACUUGAAAGACAUUUUGCACCUGGCUGAACAUCAGGCAACACAUCCCAGGCAGAAACCAUAUAUGUGUGAGACUUCCAGGAACAGAUCUGAGUUCAAUGCAAACCUUCCUCAGCAGCCUGUGCAGCACAAUGUAGACAAACCUAUCAGAAGCGAGGAGGGCAGGGCCUUACCUGGGAAGACCUGCCGAGACCACACAUCAGAGAAGCCUGUUGCAUGCAGGGAUGGCAAGAGGGACGUUAUGGCCACAUCAGGCUUUCUCCAGCAUAAGGUCACUCCCAGUGUGGGGGAGCAACACAAGAGCACUGAGGGUGUGGUGGAUUUUCACACUGUGCAAAGGCAAAACAAGUGCAGUGAAUUGGGGGACACUUUCAGAGACAAAUCCACACUUGUUCAGCACCAGAGAAUCCUUACCAGAGAGAGGCCUUAUGAGUGCAGCAAAUGUGGGAUAUUCUUUAGCUAUGCUGCUGGCCUCAUUCAACACCAGAGAGUCCACAAUAGAGGAAAACCUUAUGAGUGCUCUGAAUGUGGGAAAUUCUUCAGCCAACGCUCUAGUCUCAUGAAACAUCGGAGAGUUCACACUGGUGAAAGCCCUCAUGUGUGCAGUGACUGUGGGAAAUUCUUUAGCCGAAGCUCCAACCUCAUUCAACAUAAGAGAGUUCAUACUGGGGAAAAGCCCUAUGAGUGCAGUGAAUGUGGGAAAUUCUUUAGCCAACGUUCUAAUCUCAUUCAUCAUAAGAGGGUUCACACUGGUAGAAGUGCCCAUGAGUGCAGCAAAUGUGGGAAAGCCUUCAACUGCAAUUCUAGCCUAAUUAAACAUUGGAGAGUUCACACAGGAGAAAGACCUUAUAAGUGCAAUGAAUGUGGGAAAUUCUUUAGCCACAUUGCCAGUCUCAUUCAACACCGGAUAGUCCACACUGGUGAACGGCCUUAUGGAUGUAGUGAAUGUGGGAAAGCCUUCAGCCGAAGCUCUGAUCUCAUGAAACAUCAGAGAGUUCAUACCGGUGAACGGCCUUAUGAGUGUAAUGAAUGUGGGAAAUUGUUUAGCCAAAGCUCCAGCCUCAAUAGCCAUCGGAGGCUCCACACUGGUGAACGGCCUUACCAGUGCAGUGAGUGUGGGAAAUUCUUUAAUCAAAGCUCCAGCCUCAAUAACCAUCGGAGACUUCAUACUGGUGAACGGCCUUAUGAGUGCAGUGAAUGUGGAAAAUCCUUCAGACAGAGGUCCAAUCUGAGGCAGCACCAGAAAGUUCACAAACCGGAUAGGCUUUAUGAAUGCAGUGAAUGUGGGAAAGCCUUCAGCCAGAGGCCUACCCUCAUUCGGCAUCAGAAAAUUCACACUAGAGAAAGGAGUGCAGAGAAUGUGCUCCCUCCUUAUUCAACACAAAGGCACACACCAGAGAUAAACUCUGAGAGCAGACUUUAUGAAGGAGCUAUCUGCCAGAAGUUGAACCUUGUUCAUCCAAAUAUCCACAGUGGGGAGAUUCCCUAUGAAUGCUAGAUAUGUUGAAACUUUCUGGAGCCAAGUUACCUUUUCUGACCAUGGAUUGUAUCAGAGUUUUGUCACUGCCAGAGUUGUGACAGAAGCCAUCUCAGCUCUACACACUGGUGGGCCUCCAGAAUGUGUUGGCCACUCCACUAUGCUUGGGGAAGGGGGACCUCCUCUCUCUUUCCAAUCCCUGAAAGGAAUUGUGAGUGGUCUGAGGCCAUGGGAAGGUGUCAUUUCCUCCCCCGUGACUGAUUUAGCUGUGGAGAUGACCUGUCUUUGGCUGUGAAGACCUGAGCAGAGUUCUUGCUGCCAGCUUGCGGAGAAAGUUUCUCUUUUUCUGUUGGUCUUACGCUCAUCAUGGAUUUAUCUAGCCUCCAUGUUACCUGACCCAACAACUACCUACUAUACCUUCCUCUGGUUCAUGGGAUAAUAAGGGCCUUAUGAUAAAGCCACCAUUAAUCUUCCAUGUUCUGAUCACUAUUGUGGGGUCGGUUGAGAACCGUAUUAAGGUCUACCAAACUACAGGGGUCUUUAAUUUUUUUGCCCCAGAGGGGACAGCCAAGUGGCAGGGAACAACUCUGAGUCCAGACUUGGUCUCAUUUGUAUUGCUGCCCAAGGCCUCCAAGAUUGUAGGUCUUUGUGGGCCUAAUAUUAUGGUCUGAGUGGCAUGGAUUUUUGUGUUACCCCGAGGAGGAGGCAGUUGUGACAACCUCCAUUGCCUCUGGGAGCAGCAUGAAUUGAGUCUCUUAUUAUGGGGUGCCACAUAUUCUCUAACACUGUUAAGCACAUGUUGUUUAACUGGCACCUGCCAAGGGGCCAUGUGCUCUGAAGUUCAGCAUUAGACAGGUAUCUCUAACUACGAGACCUACUGGGCCCAGGUGGGACCAUGAUUUGCACAGAAACACUGGGUGUGAUUAGUAGGGAGUAGGUGAGGCUAUAGCAAGCCGGAAGGAAUAGACCUAUUCUAAAGGUGCAUUCACGAAUGUUCCCUGGAACGUGGCUAUUGUAGGAUUCAGGGUUUGCAUAAAUUGUCAGGACCUCCACACCUCUGCUGCCCUGUGAUGAAUGUUACUGGCAGAGCAAAUAAUACAAAUGUUUUGUGGAUUGCUGUAGCCUUUCUGCACUGUGCAUCUCAAGGCCAGUGCUAUGCUGGCAGGAAAAGAGAGACUGAGAGAAAGUAAACCCUAUACUCUAGGGAUGUAGCAUCUGUGAUAUAGCCAGCCAUUCUUUGGUGCCAAGGCAUGGAGAGAUGUUGGAGUCAAUAUAAGGUUGCUGUAUCUUCUGAUUUUCUAAAAUUAGUGUGAGGUCAGAGUUUUCUGAGGAACAAUUUCUUUGAAUGCUUUGUUGAGAUAUAAUUGUUGUACAAAAAUUGACUGUACAUAUUUGAUGCACAUAAUUUGAUAAGUUUUAAUAUAUGUAUGCAUUCAGGGAGCCAACACUAUAAUGAUGAUAAUGAACAUAUCCAUUACUUGCAAAGCUACCUCAUGCCCGUUUAUAAUCCCUCCUUGCUUUCCCCAGGAAACCAUUUAUUUACUCAUUUUUUCACUAUAGAUUUGUUUGCCUUUUCUAGAAUUUUAUUGAAUUGGAAUCAUAAAAUAUUUAUACUCCUUUUUGGUCUGGUUUCUUUCAUACAACAUAAUUAUCUUGUGAAUCAUCCAUGCUGUGUGUAUAUAUAUUAAUAGUUCCUUCCUUUUACUGCUGAGUAGUGCUCCAUUGAGUGAAU